UCCUUUUGGUUUCCAAGGGAACCCUGGAAGAGAUCGCGGAUAGUCGGGAAUUAGAUUUAGAUUCUUUGUAUGGUUCUCGGACAAUAUUUUAAACCGUUGAAUGGGAGAUUUAGCAUGACUCAAGCCUUUUACUAAUAUCCCCUGACAACUAUUUACGUUGCUUUAUAGGUAAGACAUGCAUUGUCUAUUUUUAUUCUCAAGUAUUUCUGCUCCAGAGGGGUAUUUGACAAAAGACUGCUUGACUGAUGGUGCUAAAUGUAACUUUAUAUUCUACCGCCAUUUUCCGAAGUCUGAGCACAUUGAGCAGCUUUGUUGAGCACCAUGAGGCUUUAUGGGCAGAAUGUUCCAUUUACCCUUAUGAAAAUAAGUUGUUUUCCAAUCAAAAGGAUUUUAUGCAUGCACCUGUCCAAUGCCUAUUUGCUAGCUGUCUGAAUGCGAGUAACUUAGUUUAUAGCUAAAUCAUUUAUCCGUUACAGAAGUGAAAUGGGGAGGACUUUGUUCAGACUUUUGUCUUAAUCUUUAACUUGUUAGCUAAUGUAUUUUUUUUAUUCUUACCAACUGAAGGUUCUUUGUGCAGGGAGUGCACAGUGAAGCUUUUGAAGAGCGAUUGUUUUGUUUUGUUUUUAAUUCAAAAGGUGAUUCCCAACCUUUUUUGGUUACUGUACCCCGAGCCACAUUUUGCUCAGUCCGGAGAACCCAUGAAGUACUUCCUCGUGUGCAUUUUACCAGUAGGCCUAUGGUCUUUUGAGUCUUCCCAAGUACACCCUAUAGCAAGGGGAGGGAAGUGCGGCCCGCCGGGCACUUCAAUCUGGCCCGCAAUACAUUAAAAAACAUAUAUACGGCUUUUUCUCUCCACAAUUUCGUGGUAUCCAAUUUAGUCUUGUCCCAUUUCUGAACCUCCGUACGGACUCGGGAGAGCCGUGCGUCCUCCGAAACACGACCCAGCCAAGCCGCACUGCUUCUUGACACAAUACACGCUUAACCAGGAAGCCAGCCGCACCAAUGUGUCGGAGAAAACACCGUACACCUGGCGACCGUGACAGCGUACACGCGCCCGGCCCACCACAGGACGACGCUGGGCCAAUUGUGCGCAGCCUCAUGGGUCUCUCAGUCACGCCAGCUGUGACACAGCCUGGGGUCGAACCCGGGUCUGUAGUGAUGCCUCAAUCACUGUGCCACUCGGUACCCCCUCCAGGGGUACAUGUACUCCAGGUUGGGAACCAGUAGACUGAUCUGGUCUACCAUCUGAUCUGCUAAGGCUAUUAUAAAUUGGGUUUGUCUACAUUUUUCUAAUUGUGUAAAUGCAUUGCCAUCAACUUGAGCUGAAUUUUUCACCAUGCCAUUGAAAUAAUGUUUGUCUGCUCUGCUUUGCCCAUCAGAUCAACUAUUGAAUGAGUGUAUAAGAAGUCUGCUGCUGGUAGAGAGAUGGAGAGUGACUCUCACACACUGCCACUCCUCCCUAUAUCUCUUCCUUAUCCUGCCACUCUCUACCACUGCCUGCCUUUCUCUUCCUCUCUUUUGCAAACUUCUUCCACUAUUCAUGUUUCACUCCCUCUGUCUCCUCUAUCAAUCCCGCCAUCCCCUACUUCACUUUGUCCCACAGCCCCAGCUUCAGUUCACCUCAAGACUCAACCUCUCUCCCCUCUUUUACACACCUUGUCCCCACCUUUGUUUCUUGAUGGACAAAACAUACACUGCCUAAACUCUCUAACCACAUCUGACGAAGAUGACUUGACCUGCCUCAACUGGCUGCAUCAAAGAGGCAACUUGCUUCCCCUGCAGCCCCUGCCCAAAACAACACCACUGCCUCAGCUGGAGCCCCAGGAUCCCAUACCUACCCCACACCUUCCUCCCUCCCCAUCCAAGCCCCCUUACUCCUUUAGUAGUCUAAUCUUCAUGGCGAUAGAGGACUCGCCAGACAAGAGGCUCCCAGUAAAGGGUAUCUAUGAAUGGAUAGUGAACAGCUUCCCCUACUACAGAGCAGCACCUGGGGGAUGGAGAAACUCUGUUCGACACAACCUGUCUCUGAGUAAGAGCUUCCGUCGGAUUCACAGGGACAAGAGCCAGUUUGUGGGGAAGGGCUCACUGUGGUGUGUGUGUCCAGAAUAUCGACAUGCUCUUCUGGAGGUGCUCAGGAAAGCGCAUUAUUACCACGGCACCAACAGUAACUUACUAAACAACCCUGCGUUAUUGGAGGGAACUGAUUACGAAGUAUCUAUGGUGUGUGACACUGUGGAGAUCUCAGAUUCCCAUUGUCAAACUCUCCUCCUCUCCUCCCCCUCUACCCCAGCCUUGACCUUAGACAACCCACCUCUCUCCUCAUAUCCACUUUGCCCUCUAACCCCUGACCAUGAGGAGAUGGUCAACAUGGAGGCUAUGGAAUAUGAGGAAGAGGUUGGUGAGGAGAUGGAGAAAGACCCCCUGUCAGACAGUGGCUACAUAGAGUUACACUACUACCAGUAUCACCAGUAUCUGGUCCUGCCUGGGGACACUGAACUGGAUCUGGAGACCGUAGAGAUCCUGCAGCUGGAUGCUGAGGCCCAAGAGGCUGCUGGGUCACUUCUGGACCUGGCAGGGGGUGGACAUUAGACUGAUCUACAGAUAAGGACAUGCAGUGUGGUCUAAACAAAUUGACCAAUAGACUGAAGUACACUGUGAUGUAAGGAGAUUAUGUGUAACCUGAGUAAUAUAAAUUGGCAAUACGUUGCUGUGUGCUGACAUUUUGACACUGCCUGAGAUUUGAUUUGCUGUCAUAAAGUGAUAUACUGUAGCUACUAUGAUUGCACAUCCAAGCCACCUUACCUGAUGCAUGUAAACACAUUUAAGCCACUUGCCACACUCAUUGGCAUAUACCAGACAUUGGCGUAUGCUUUUGGUAUAAAUUGAGGAGGAACAAUAUUGACGCUGUACUGAUAAGAAUCAAGGCCUCUAUAUUUUGAUGGAAUACAACAGAUGAAUGAUAACAUGAGAAAUCUACUGCCAAUUAAUCCACUCUCAGAUUCAGGGGACAAAGAAAUGUAUGUUCAAUUCUGAAUCCUGAAUCUGAUUUUAUAAUAAUCUCUACCAAGUGCAUCUUUUAUUGAACACUUAUUAUUGUGCAGAAUUUAUUUUAUAGGCUAUGUCUAUGUUUAUAAAGAAACAUUAGACAUUUGUCAUUCAUUCAACUCUUUUUUUUAAAUGUCAUAAUUGUAUUAACAAUAAAGCACCAAACUCUUA